GGUUGUUUCUCGAAUUUCUCAAACAAAAUUCGAAGCGAGAGCGUCGUACGAUCAUGGGAGAAAAGCUCAGCGGCGCGGCGUUUUAAAUUAAUUAGCCCGAGAGCAGCGCAGCCGGCGCGUGCGAGCGAGAUAGCAGCACAUUUAAUCACGCUGACAGCCAGCUGUCCUGCAAGUGUGUGGGUGGCACACACACAGACAACUGCGCAGCCGUCGCCUGAACGCAAAAUCGAAUCAGAAAUUGCCGUCGCCAAAAUCGCGCGCUUCGUGUUUGCCGCUCGUCAAAAGCAGCGCAGCUUCCAAUCGCUGCACUUCCCGUCCGCGUCCGUCUUUCUUUCGUUUUUUUCGCCUCUUCGCCUCUUCGCCUCCUCCUUCCAUUUCCAUUUUCAUCCGUAUCAAUCAGCGGCGGCAGCAGAGGCGGCAGCGCAUCGUUGUUGUUUGUCAGCUUGACAGCAGCGGCAGCGCAGCGGGCAGCGACGGCGGCAGCGACGCCGGCAGAGGCUAGUGACGAAAGAACCCGGCCAGCAGCAGCGGCAGAAUUCAUUCGCCUUUGGACGUUCAUUCGCAUUCGCUUUUGGACCUUCAUUCGAGUAACGACGGAUUCCGGAUGAAAGACAAGACGCACGCACAUCGCGAAACGCGUGUUCCGCCAGAAUAAGAUUGAGAUACUUGAGUACUUAGUGUGAUACGAGUUGAGAACGCAGAUUUUCCCAGGAGCAGCCGCCAUCAUAUCUAGUCAAAAAGGAAAAUAUUAAGGAAAAUCCCCGAAAAAUGCUCGAUCAAGACUGAAUAGUAAAAAAAACAAAAAACAAACAAACCACAACUAAAGCCCCACAAAUGGUUCAACAAAGUAUACGUAAAACAACCACAAAUUAAAGUAUAUCUAUACCACAACAAAUAUAUUUAUUAACUUAAACCUAAAGAUAAAGAUAAACUACUACAAAUAUUUAUAUUUAAACGGUAUUUUGCUCACCAAAAUUACACUUACAUACAUUAUGUAAAAAACCAGUUACUUAAAUCAACAAACCUAAACGAAGUAUACGAUUCAAUGCAAUUAUUAAAUUAAAUUUAAAACCCACACAACACGCCUCGAAACAAAAAAAACAAAUAUUUAAACGUCAUUUUUGUCUGCCAUAUGAAAAUUUAUAAAUUUAAAAUAAACACAAAUUAAACAAAGUUAUACGCUACGACAACAACAAAUUCUAUACGACAACGUACCAAGUGCAAAACGAAAAUUAAAAACCAAACAUAAACAAAUUUUAUGAAUAUUGUGUCAAACUAAAGUUAAGUUCCAAAAUUGAAACGCCAGCAAACCUUGUAGUUUGCUAAGAAAAAACAAACAAACAAACAACCAAGUUCCCGCAAAUCGUCAAAAUUCAGCAAAAUUUAAAUAUGUUGCACGAGGCUCUGAUGCUCGAGAUCUACAGACAGGCGCUAAAUGCCGGAGCCCUGCCCACAGCUCGUCCGCGUUCCACGGAGUCGGCGAAUUCCAGCGAGCGGUGUCCCUCGCACGACUCCAACUCCUCGGACAACGGAGGAGGUGGUGGUGGUGGCGGCAACGGCGGCGGAGUGGGUCACCGGAUGGACGCCGCCGCCCUGUCCGCCGGAGUGAUGGUCCCCACCACCAUGCACUCGACAUUCCCGGCGGUGCCGCAGUCGCUGCCCGCCCAGCCGCCCUCGAUGGAGGCGUACCUGCACAUGGUGGCCGCGGCCGCCCAGCAAUAUGGAUUCCCCCUGGCCGCAGCUGCAGCGGCGGGGGCGGGUCCCCGUCUGCCACUCCCACUGGCCAAUGAGGCGGCGGCUCCGUUCAAACUACCCCCGCAGGCUUCACCCACUGCAUCCAGCAACAACUCAGAGGCUCUGGACUUUCGCACCAAUCUGUAUGGAAGGGCGGAAUCGGCGGAGCCGCCUGCCUCCGAGGGCGAGGAGGAGGACUUCGAUGAUGGUGCCAACAAUCCGCUCGAUCUCUCCGUGGGCACCCGCAAACGUGGCCACGAAUCUGAGCCCCAGCUGGGUCACAUUCAGGUCAAGAAGAUGUUCAAGUCGGAGAGUCCGCCCGCGAAUCCCGUGGCCUCGCCCUCGGCCAGUCAACUUUUGCCCGGAGUUAAUCCAUAUCUGGCGGCCGUGGCGGCUGCCAAUAUUUUCCGAGCCGGACAAUUCCCCGACUGGAAUGGCAAAAGCGAUUUGGUAGUGGAUCCGCUCGAGAAAAUGUCCGAUAUUGUAAAGGGUGGAGGGGGUGGCAUGAGCCACAAGGAGAAGAUGCACUCGUCCAAGGCCACACAACAGCAGGCAGCAGCUCAGCCUCCAAAGAGUCCGGUUCAACCGCCAACCAACCAGAAUUCAGAAUCCGGCGGAGGAUCGGGCGGCGGCGGCGGAGGCAGUGGAGCCGGUGGCGGUGGAGUGACCAAGGCCAGGCACAACAUCUGGCAAUCGCACUGGCAGAACAAGGGAGUGGCCAGCUCGGUGUUCAGGUGUGUGUGGUGCAAGCAGAGUUUCCCCACCCUGGAGGCCCUCACCACCCACAUGAAGGACAGCAAACAUUGCGGGGUGAAUGUGCCGCCCUUUGGCAAUCUGCCGAGCAAUAAUCCCCAGCCGCAGCACCAUCAUCCCGCUCCUCCGCCACCACCGCAGAAUCACAAUCUCCGGAAACACGGCUCAGGAAGUGGCGCCAAUCACUCACCAUCGGCGAAUGUGAAGAAUGCCUUCCAAUAUCGCGGAGAUCCACCCACACCGCUGCCCCGGAAAUUGGUUCGCGGCCAGAAUGUUUGGCUGGGCAAGGGUGUGGAGCAGGCCAUGCAGAUCCUCAAGUGCAUGCGUUGCGGUGAGAGCUUCCGAUCCCUGGGCGAAAUGACCAAGCACAUGCAGGAGACGCAGCACUACACGAAUAUCCUGUCCCAGGAGCAGAGUAUCUCCAUCAAAUCGGCCAAUGCCAAUGCCAACUCAGAUGCCAAGGAGAGUCACAACAGUCUGAGUUCCGAGGAGAGUCGCACCCUCAGCGCUGUGCUGACCUGUAAAGUGUGCGACAAGGCCUUCAGUUCGCUGGGGGAUCUGAGCAAUCACAUGGCCAAGAACAACCACUAUGCCGAACCGCUUCUGCAAUCCGCUGGAGGUCGCAAGCGGCCGGCGCCAAAGAAGCGCGAGAAAUCGCUGCCGGUUAGGAAACUACUGGAGAUGAAGGGUGGCGCCGGAAAUCAGGAUGAUCUGGCAAAUGAAAAAUCCGCAGUGCAGGGAAAACCUGGACUAGGACCUGGUGGGGGAGAUAAAAAUGAUGCUGCUCUGUUUGCCGAACGCAUGCGGCAGUAUAUAACCGGGGUGAAGUCCCCCGAGGAAAUGGCCAAAGUGGCUGCUGCUCAACUCUUAGCCAAAAACAAAUCCCCCGAGCUGGUGGAGCAAAAGAAUGGCAAUGCCAAGGCUCCGGGGGCAUCCUCGGUGCUAAGUGCCAUCGAGCAGAUGUUCACCACCAGCUUUGAUACGCCUCCGCGACACGCCAGCCUGCCAGCCAGUAGUCCCUCCAACUCGUCCACCAAAAACACCUCGCCCGUGGCCUCCAGCAUACUGAAACGAUUGGGCAUCGAUGAGACCGUGGACUACAAUAAGCCACUGAUCGAUACCAAUGAUCCGUACUAUCAGCACUAUAGAUACACCAGCAGCGAGAGGAGUGGCAGUGAGUGCAGUGCGGAAGCCAAGCCGAGAUUGGAUGCACCGACUCCCGAUAAACAGCAGCAAACUGGGGGAGGAGGAGGUCACGAGGAGGAGCCAUCUAAGUCGACCAUUAAGCAGGAAAGGGAGUUGGAUGCGGAGCCCAUUAAAAUGGAGAUCAAGUCUGAGCUGGCCGAUGAGCAAAACGAAGCGGAGGAGUGCUCCAAAAUGGAGGCCACUCUGGUCAAUGGCAGUGCGGUCAAUAAUAAUAAUAACAAUGUGGAGAGGAGCUCCCCGAAGACACCCUCAUCGGCGGCCAGUCCACAGACCAGGCUGCUACCGCCUCGCAGCCCCGCCGAGAGUCAGAGAUCAGCUACACCAAAGUCACCCGCCUCUAGCCACAAGUCCUACGAUGGUAGUUCCGAGGGCAACAAGAAGUAUCCCAGUGAUUCGCUUAAUGCUCUAUCCUCCAUGUUCGAUUCCCUGGGCAGCACGGGAGCAGGAGCCGCCAAUACCCGGGCCAAGCUAGCGGCUGCCGCUUCCGCCGGAGGAUCAGAAUCGCCGGAGAAUCUCAGCGCCGGCGGUAACUCAUUGGCGGCCCUGCGACAAUUCUGCGUGAAGAAGGAGAAGACCGCCUAAGUCCGCGAGCCGAGACGAAAAGCGAAACCGAAUCGUUUGCCUUGUUUUCGUUGUUUCGAGCAAAACGCAUUUUCAACAUUUUUUGGUUUGCCAGCGCCUCGCCUCCGCCCCCCGGAACCCAAAAAACCCUCCACCAGCGCAACUUUCGGGCCUUUGGGUUCAGGGUGGGUUUAUGGCCUCGGCGAACCGAGAUUCAAGUCAAAGUGCCACACGGCAGGAGCCAUCGGUUGCAUCUGUCUGCAAAAUGAUGGCGGGCAUGACGACACUUUGUAUUAACCGGACAAAGAAACGGAUGUGGACAGAAGUGGACCGCCGAAGAAACUGGGAGAUUUGUGUGUUGGCGACUGUGUACAGUACGGAUGAGAACGGAAUGAUCCGAGAUUCGCCGCCCGGCAGUGGGGGAUGUUGUUAUUUUGGCCCAACACGAUUCCUGCCGCGUCCAGCUCCUCCGCCCAUUCAGCGAGCACCAAGGCCUUCUUUUUCAAGGAUGCAAAACAGAAAUGCGCCACUUUGGAUUCCUUGAAAGACUGUGGCUUGCCGGCUGAUCGGGUUGGAAUGGAGGCUGGACGAAAGCCCACACCCGAAGACACGAGCCCUUGUUAGGGCUGCCACUUGCCUAGGCAAAGAGUUAUGAAAUUGGAAAAGAAAACAUUGUGAUCAAAUAAAAGAAAAAAGUUUUUAUGGAAUUACCAA